AUGAAUUAUAAAAACAACUGGAAAGAGAGACAAGAUCGUCUAGAAAAUAUAAUAAAAAAAGAAUUCUUUUUUAAAUCAAGUUUAAAGAGAGAAUACGAAGAAUCUAUAACAGGUGGUUUUAUAGUAAACAAUAAAUAUACCUUAAAAGAAAGUUAUGAAUGCUCGAAAUGUGAAUAUGUUAUAUUAAUAAUAACAGAAUAUAUAAAAAAAGAAUGUGUACUGGAUAAUUAUAUUUUAGCUUAUAGAAAGCUGUAUGAAAAUAUAGAAUAUUAUUUUAAUAAGAUUUCUAAGAAAUCGGAUAUUGACUAUUUAAUUGAUAAUUAUUUUUUAAAGAGAAAUAUAUCAUUAAAUAAAAAACCAAAAAAUAGAAAUAAUACAGAGAAAAAUUAUAUAGAAAUGGAAACAUACACUAUAUCUAUUAUACUAAAAAUAAAAAAAUAUAUUUUGAAUGCGAUUCCUAUGCUAAAAAAUAUUAUAGAAAACUUGAAAUUUCAUGACAGCAAUUUUUAUAUUAGUAAUAGAAUUGGAAUAAUAGAAAAUUUAAAAAAAAAAAUUUUCGAUUACUCUUGUAAAAAGAAAAAAAAUAUUCAGAUUCCAUGUAGUUACACCAAUUUUUACGGAAAGCUUGAUACGUCAUUUGGUAGCAAUGUUAAGAAUAAGUGUUAUGAUUACAAUACCACCAAUAUUAAUUAUAAUUUGAAUUCUAAUAAUUCUAAUAAUAAUAAUUUCAGCAUUAAUAUAUGCAAUAAUAAUUAUAACGAUCAGUAUUCAUACUUAGAAACAGAUAAUGAAAACAGCGGAAAUCAGCAUAUGAAUUCAACUGAAAAUAUGAAUGAUAAUAAAUACAAAAAUUAUAAUUGUAACUUAUACUAUAGUGAUGGUAGAAAUAGAGAACAUGAAUACAUGCAUUUACAGAGUUUUAAUGAUUCUAAUAGAUGCACUACAUCAUUGAAGAAAUUUUAUGAAAUAAAAAUAACAACAAAUAAAAACUUAGUUAGUCUAAAGAGUAUUCUUCUUUUGAUUGAAAUUAUCUUUUUAUUACGUUCAUACUUCAUUAAAUUUGAAGUAGAAAAUAAAAAGAAUGAAAAAAUUAAUUUUUUUCAACUUCAUGAACACAGAAAAAAUAUUAUUUGCGAUGAAAUAAACUAUGAGCUAUUUUACAAUAUAAUUUUAGGUAAACUAAGAAAAAAAAAAAAAAAUGAAGAAGAAAAUUAUUUUCAAAAAGACAAAAACAUAAAAUUAAACCAAAAUGAAAAAUAUAAUAAAAGCUAUGAAAAACAAAAUAGCAAUAUUCUAUAUAGCAAUGACUUUGCAUAUAAUAGGGAAUCUUGCUUAAAUUACGAAAAUAAUAAUUAUAUUUCAGACAACGAAGAUAAUUAUUCAUCUAAUAAUAAAAAUAUGUAUUCAUCAAAUGAAAAAAACAAUUAUUUAUCUAAUAAUGAAGGUGUUCAUUUAUUCAAGAAUAUAAAUAAUGACUCCUUCAAUAAUACUUUUCCAAAUGAAAAUAGCAAUAAUAAUGUACCUUGUGUAAAUUUUUCAAAAGAGAAGAAAGCUAUUAAUAAUUUAAGCGAAAAACAAAUAAAUAAAAUCAAUGAGUAUAUAAAUUAUUUGUUUAUAAAUAUUAUAGAAGAAUGUGAUACUUAUUUUAGUAUUGAAUUUUUAUACACAUUGCACAUAUUUCAAUUCAAUUUCUUGUUUAAUAUUUUUAAAAACCUAUUGUUAAAGACAAAUGUAGAAGAUCACAUAAUCAUAAUGUUAACUUAUUGUGCUUGUAGUAUUCAAAAUAAAGAAAUAAUUGAUUAUUGCUUUUGGAAAUUGAUAAGUAUAUUUGAAAGAGAAACAAUACCUAAUAGUUGGAUAAGAUUAGAUAAAAUAAAUAAUCAAUUAAAAAAUUAUAAAGAAAUUAGUUUUAAGGCAAAGGAAAAUGGGGGAAAAAAAAAUUAUUCUAAUAGCAUAUUUUAUGAAACAUUAAAUAUUACUAAAGAGAAUGAAAUUGAAAAUAAUUUAAGUGAAAUAGACAUCAAUAGAGGAAAUAUUUAUUUUAAGAGAAAUUUAAUCGACAAAAAUGUAUUUAAAAACUCUAUAAAUAACACAAAAAAAGAAUUCGAUAACUGUAAUGAUAUACCAAAGGGUUAUAUUAUUAAUGAAUUGCAAAGAUUAAGAAAUUUUAAUGAUCAUUAUUCAUGCUGCUAUAUUUUAAAGAACAAUAAAAAACAUAAAAUAUUAAUGGGUUUUAAAAAGAGAGGAGAAAAUAAAGUGUAUAUAUAUAAAUAUGAUAAAAAAAUUAAAAAAAAAUUUAAAACAUUAAAAACAUUUUUCAAUAUAUCAGGUUUCCUGGGUGUAUUAAUAUGUAAUUUUACUGGUAUGAAAAUUAAAAUAUAUGAUAACGGAAUAUCAGAAAAAUUUUCGAAUUUUUUUCCUAGUUUUGAGAGAAAGAAUGUAAUAACAAUUACUUUUGAAUCCAACAUAAUAAGUGAAUUACCAAGACAUUUCAUAUGCAAUAUAUAUAAAGAAAAUAAAAAUAUAAAAUUUAUUUAUGAGAACAAAUGCCCUAUAUGGAAUGAAGAAAAAGAAAUUUAUGAAUUACCUUUUUAUGGAAGAGUAAAAUUAGCUAGUGCAAAAAAUUUACAACUUAUUUUAAGAAAAUGUAUUAUUCGUCAAUCAAAAAAAGAAUUAUUUUUAAAUAAAAAUAUAAAUGAUGUUAUUGAAUAUAUGACUAGCGAAAAUAACCAAAAAAGUUAUGAAAACGAUAAUUCAACAGAAUAUAAUGAUAAUACUUUAUAUAAAAAAAAUUCCCAAAUGCUUCAAGAUAAAGAUGUUAAAAAUGAAAAAAAAAGUGGUAACAAAUUUUCAUUUGAUGUUAUAAAAAAUAAUUCAAAAAAAGAGGAAAAAAAAUUCGAAAUUAUAAAUAAAGAUGAAGAAGAAAUAUUUUUAAUAUUUGGAAAAAACUCAAAAGAUUAUUUUACUUUAGAUUUUCGUCAUCCCCUAUCAACUUUUGAGGCAUUUGCUAUAGCGAUAUCUUCCUUACUAAAAAAGAAAGCAGUAUCUUAA